AUGGCAAAGAAGAGGAAGGCUGGCGGUCGCGCAUAUGGCGAUCCUGCCGAGCAGAAAGACGAGGACUCAAAGCUUGCGAUUAGCACAUGGGAGGACGUUGCAGAUUCGGAAGACGAAUUUCACAUCAAUCGCGACAAGGUAUUGCUGGACGAGGGACCGACGGCAAAGAGGCUGAGGAAGCACCAAGAAGAAGACAAAUUUCUGGAACAUUCCGACGAAGAAAUCCUCGAUAACGGUGUCGAGGACGACGAUGAUGCCGAUGAAGACGCUGAAUCCGACGACGGCUCUACUGAUCAACACAGACCAGAUGCCGAAGACGAGGACGUGGGCGGCUGGGGCGCCUCGAAGAAGGACUAUUACAAUGCAGACGCAAUAGAGACGGAGCAAGAUGCUUUGGAUGAGGAAGCAGAAGCCCGGCGGAUACAGAAGAAGCAGUUGCAAGCUAUGACAGAGGCAGAUUUUGGCUUCGAUGAAGACGAGUGGCUGGCGCAAGAUGGCGAGAAGGAUGCAGAAGCCGGCACUGUGGUUACUGAGGUUCUUCCACAACUUCAAAUCACGGAAAGCAUGUCUGAGGAGGAACGGCUGAAGAUUAUGCGGACACGAUACCCCGAAUUCGAGCACAUAUCGAGAGAAUACGUCAGGCUGCAGCCGUUACACGAUGAGUUGGCUGCUACCGCCACUGCGGCUGAACGGUUGCUCAAGGCACAAGCCGCCAAGUCAGCAAAAACGAAUGGGAAGACUGUGUCUAUACCUAUGGCAGUCACCAAGUAUAGAGCUUGCGCAGCGUAUCUCGCCGCAAUGGCCAUGUACUUUGCCGUUCUCGGGUCGACCGCGAAAGACGAUGGCACCCCGGUCAUAGCGUUGGACCCUGCGGAGCUCCAUGAGCACCCAGUCAUGGAAUCUCUACUCAAAUGCCAGAAGAUGUGGGCACGCGUUGAGAGUCUACCAGUCGCCGAUCCUAUGGUUGAGACUAGGAACGGUGAUGAGCUUUCCGUGAUUGAAGAAGACAGCUCCAUUGCAAAUCCGGAACUGGAUGCAGCUGUAGUUGACAGGAAGGCAAUCAAGCAGAAGAAGAGUAAGGCACAGCGUGCUACAGAGAUCGCUCAAGCGGAGGCAGUAGCACGUCGCGCUGCGAAGUUGGCGAAGGCUGAACAAGGCCUUGCUUCGCUUGACUCCCUCACGGACAAGGCUGCCUUGAAGAAGGCUGCCAGGAAGAAUAAGACUACUGAACCGAAAAUCAAUCUGCUGAAUGCAGAGGACUCAGACUUCGGCGAGGAGACCGAGCUUACUGCACACGAACUUGCAGAGAAGACCAAGAAGAAGAAGUCACUUCGCUUCUACACAUCACAAAUCGUACAAAAGGCCAACAAGCGCGACGCCGCUGGCAAGGACGCUGGCGGUGAUGCCGACGUACCGCAUCGCGAGCGCCUCAAGGACCGGCAAGCCCGCUUACAAGCUGAAGCCGAAAAGCGCGGCCAAAACAAAGCUGGCCCCGGUGUUGCCUUGGGUGAAGAUGAUGGCGCCAGCUCAGCCGACGAAGCCCCACCCGCUCGCAACAACGACCUCGAAGACGAAGACGGCUACUACGACAUGGUAGCAGCUCGUUCCAAUGCCAAAAAGCAGACCAAACUCGAUCGCGCGGCUGCAUACGCGCUCGCCGCGCAACAAGGUGCCCAGGUCAUCGAAGAAGAAAUCAUCGGCGAUGACGGCCGCAGGAUGAUCAGCUACCAGAUUGAGAAGAAUAAGGGUCUCACGCCGCAUCGUAAGAAGAGUGUGAGAAAUCCGAGAGUUAAGAAGAAGGAGCAGUAUAAGGAGAAGCAGAAGAAGCUCAAGAGCAUGAAGCCCGUCUUUGAUAAGGGUGCCGCGGCGAAGGGGAGUGCUAACUAUGGUGGUGAACUUACGGGUAUCAAAAGUGGAUUGGUUAGGAGUCGAAAACUGUAG